GAAUCUCAGCUUAUUCUCACCCGAACCCGAUAUCAAGCGAAUACCGAGGGCAAGGUUGGUUCGAGAAGCGAAGAGAUGACGACAGCAGGAGCUGGGGUUGGAAAACCGCAGAGUAGCCGUGUGUCACCACACUCUCUCUCUCUACCGUCACCAAAACCGGCAUAAGUCUAGAGAGAGCGAGAGAGAGAGAGAGAGAGAGAGAAUUAGAGGGGGGCGAGAGAGAGAUAUACAACUAGGGUUCGCGAUUUCUUGAAGGAUUCAUCAGCAAUGGAGCCUUGGAGUUACGCCGAUGGCAAUAUCACGACGUUACUGGAGUCUCGCCGGUUCGACCCUCUUCAGGUAAUCUCUCUUCAGGAUGUGAAUCGGAGGUUACAAAUGCAUUCAUCUCUGGUACAACGGCUGGCACUUGAGAAGGAAAUGAAGGGCCAUGAAGGUUGUGUGAAUACAAUUGCAUGGAACUCAAAAGGAACACUUCUGAUAUCUGGUUCAGAUGACAUGAGAAUAAAUAUAUGGAGUUACUCUGAUCGGAAACUAAUUCACAGUAUAGAUACUGGUCAUUCUUCUAAUAUAUUUUGCACGAAAUUUGUCCCAGAGACUUGUGAUGAACUGGUGGUCUCAGGAGCUGGAGAUGCUGAGGUUCGACUUUUCAAUCUAUCUCGAUCAAGAAGGAGAGGAUGUGAUGAGACCUUUGUCGAACCAUCAGCUGUAUUCCAAUGUCACUCAAGAAGAGUCAAGAAGUUAGCUGUUGAAGUUGGAAAUCCCAACGUAGUAUGGAGUGCAAGUGAGGAUGGAACUGUCAGACAACAUGACUUCCGUGAGGGUUCUUCUUGCCCUCCACCAGCAGGAUCUUCCAAUCAGGAGUGUCGCAAUGUUCUUCUUGAUCUCCGAAGUGGGGCGAAAAGGUCUCUUAGUUCUCCUCCAAUACAAUAUUUGGCUCUGAAAUCCUUGGACAUAAGCUCUACUCGCCCCCAUCAAAUUCUUGUAGGAGGGAGUGAUGCAUUUGCUCGGUUAUACGAUAGAAGAAUGCUUCCGCCCUUGAGCUCUUGUCGGACAAAAAUGAAACCUUCUCCUUGUAUUAGUUAUUUCUGUCCAAUGCACCUUUCUGAGCGUCGACGGUCAAGCUUGCAUCUAACACAUGUUACGUUUAGCCCCAAUGGAGAGGAAGUGCUAUUAAGUUACAGUGGAGAGCAUGUGUAUUUAAUGGAUGUAAAUUUUGGUAACCAGAGUAUCGGAUACACUGCUGAUGAUGUUCCAAUGCAGAUAUAUUUAUCUCCUACAUCCAAAGAAUCAGAAGGAUCUUCACCGCCUUCAGCUUCUUCAACUUACUUCACUGCAAGCAAAAACAAUUUGAGAAGGUUUGACAUGUAUAAGAAACUGGUUCAAGCGGCGGAAAAAAUUCUGAAUGAAGGCUCCAACUUUCUGUAUGGAAUUGAAGCAUGUAAUGAAGUGUUGGAUGGGAAAGGUCCUGAAAUUGGCAACGCACUGAGGCAUGAGUGCUUAUGUAUUCGAGCAGCAUUGCUUCUUAAGAGAAAAUGGAAGAAUGAUGCUCAUAUGGCGAUAAGGGAUUGCAACAUUGCUCGAAGGAUCGCUCCUUCAUCAUUUAAGGCACAUUAUUACAUGUCGAAAGCUCUUUCACAGCUAAGAAAACAUAAAGAAGCUUUAGAUUAUGCAAUGGCAGCGCAUAAUAUAGCUCCAUCGAAUCCUGAGGCCUCAGAAAGGAUAUUGAAUAUAAAAGCGGAUAUUGCUGCAGCUGAAGCUGAAAAGCAUAAGGAUAAUGGGGGAACAAGAAGGCAAGGGAGGAUAAGAUCCUUGAAUCAAGAACGUCCAUUUGACAGAGAAGAUUCUGAUUAUGAUGGGGAAAUGGAAUUUGAUCUUGAAGCAUCAGUUUCUGGAGAUGAGGACCAUGAUACUGAAUCUCCUAUUCUUCGUAGAAGCUUAAAUUUGCGAUUUCACCGAAGCGAUGAUCCAAGUAAAGAAAAUUGUAAGACAAAUGGUUCACAGGGUUCGCCUCCAUCGCUAUCUCAUGAAAAUUCUACUUCUCAGACUGAAGUUGCCAUUGAUUUGAAGCAAAGAUAUGUUGGUCACUGCAAUGUGGGAACAGAUAUAAAGCAGGCUAGCUUUCUUGGCCAGCAAGGACAGUUUGUGGCCAGUGGAAGUGAUGAUGGAAGAUGGUUUAUUUGGGAGAAAAAGACAGGAAGAUUAAUAAAAAUGUUAGCUGGAGAUGACGCUGUUGUGAACUGUGUACAGUGCCAUCCAUUUGAUUGUGCUGUUGCAACAAGUGGAAUUGACAACACAAUCAAGAUAUGGACCCCUCAUGCGGAAGUUCCAUCAAUGGUUGCAGGGGGUACAGCAGGUCCAGAGACUGCAGAUGUAGUGAGUGUAGUUGAAAGCAAUCAACGAAAAUUGCGUCGUAAUCGUGACGCAAUAUUGCCUCUUGAAAUCUUGGAGCCACUUAGGAUGCAUGAGGUUGAGUUUGCUGAAGGAACUUUACAACCUUUCGAGUGUGCACAGAGCUAAACAUUAUCCUGCUGCCAGGUGUUUGCCAGCAAGAUCUAGAGGUUGAUGCAAGAGAUAUUCCUUGGGUACUGUAGAGCAGAUCUCAGCAGACACUGGGUCAAUAAUAACGGUUUCUUGUAUAAACGUGUGAUAAACAUUCUCAUUAUAUAAACGUGAGGCUUGUAAAUGUAAACUGAGUUUAAUUGUCCAUAUUUCUUGUAAUGAACUUUCAUAUAUUGAUGUCUUGCAGGCAUCCUGGUUGUUAGUUUCUUGUAUGUAGCGGCACGUGCUUGCGAAACCAUCACUGCAGUAUUCUAAGUUGCCUUCA